AUGGCUCGGCCAGAAGACACCGCAGCAAUGGACACUCAUGAGGGCGACAGCGAUCGCUCCCCCGACCUGAAUGACAAGUUGGAACAGAAUCAGAAGUUGAAGGAUCUGGAACAGGGCCAGGGCCGCCGGCUGUCGCAUCACCAAGUUACGGCGAUUGACUCUUCGUCUACUAGCGAGAGUGUGGGCCGGCAGAUUGAGAUGGAGUCGGAGAAUACUAUUAAGUAUCGGACUUGUAGUUGGCAAAAGACUGCCGCCCUACUUUUCUCCGAGUACAUUUGUCUGGCUAUCAUGUCAUUCCCCUGGUCGUACUCCGUUCUGGGCCUCGUGCCUGGUCUGAUCCUGACCAUCGUGAUUGCGGGUAUAGUGCUGUACACCUCAUUGAUUGUCUGGCGAUUCUGUCUGCGACACCCCGAGAUCCGUGACGUCUGCGAUCUUGGCCAGUAUCUCUUCUGGGAUUCCAAGAUCGCCUGGUGGGCCACUGCGGUCAUGUUCCUACUGAACAACACCUUCAUUCAGGGCCUGCACUGCAUGGUCGGUGCCGAGUACCUCAACACCAUGUCCGGAGGCGCAGUCUGCACAGUCGUCUUUUCCCUUAUCGUUGCGAUAGUCUCAUUUUUCUUCUCUCUGCCUCGCACAUUCAGCGCGUUGUCCCGAGUGGCCACAUUUUCUGCCUUCUUUACUUUUAUCUCUGUCCUUCUGGCAACGAUCUUUGCUGCCAUUGAAGAUCAUCCCGCCGGGUACCCCGAAAAGGGAAACCCUAUUGUUCUGGCGAUUCCCGCCAAGGGCACGACGUUUAUUUCGGGCAUGAGUGCAUUCCUGAACAUCAGCUACACUUUCAUUGGCCAGAUCACUCUGCCCAGUUUCAUCGCUGAGAUGAAGGAGCCGCGUGACUUCUGGAAGUCCGUCACAGCCGUGACGAUCGCCGAGGUGAUUGUCUUCAGUCUAGUCGGGGCUAUCGUGUAUGCCUACACGGGCACCCAAUACGUGAAGGCACCCGCCUUCGGUUCUCUCUCGGAUGAAGUCUACAAGAAGGUCUCAUUCUCCUUCAUGAUCCCCACAAUCAUUUUCCUGGGCGUUCUGUACGCAUCCGUAUCAGCCCGUUUCGUUUUCUUCCGCUUGUUCGAAGGAACCCGCCACAAGGGUAACAACACUGUGGUGGGCUGGGCUGCUUGGGCAGGUAUCUUGGCCGUCCUGUGGAUUAUGGCCUGGAUCAUUGCUGAAGUGAUUCCCUUCUUCACGGAUUUGUUGUCGAUUAUGAGUUCCCUGUUUGAUUCCUUCUUUGGUUUCAUUUUCUGGGGCGUGGCGUACAUUCGCAUGCGGGCUGCUGAUCAUGGACCGAAUUUCUAUAAGACUCGUGGUCUGCGUGGUUGGUGUGGGUUCAUUUUUAAUGUCUUUUUGAUCUUUGUGGGUCUUUUCUUCUUGGGACCUGGUACCUACGCCUCUGUCAUGUCUGUGGUCCAAAGUUACCAGUCUGGCACCGUCGGUGGUGUCUUUACUUGCGCCAGCAACGCACUUUGA